ACCACAUAGGAGAGGACAGGAUUGAUUACAUGAUCCCCAUAAAACAAACUCUGAAGCUAUCACCACUCAACAACACUAUUCUCCACUCUCCAUGGCCUCACUCAUAAGACUCUCCAUUUCCCUCGACCCCUUCGACUCAACCUCCAUCCCCACCCACACCCGCAACCGCACCAUCACCUCCAUUUCCAAAUCCCACCUUCGUCCCCUCAAACCCGACUCCAAUUCAAUCACCACCUCACUCCGUUCCUUAACCAAAACCCAAGACUGGAAAACCGCCGAAAAACUCGUCCGUCAAAUGAUCCUAUCUCCCGACCCUUCCCAACCCUUAACCCCCCACGUUUUCAACACACUCAUCUACGCUUCCUCAAAGCGCGGCUUACUCAAACUAUCCUCCAAAUGGUUCCGAAUGAUGCUGGACUGUAGCGUCCCUCCGGAUAUAACCACAUUCGGGAUUUUAAUGCGGCAUUACCAAAAGUGUUGUGACAUGAAAGAAGCGGAGUUUGCUAUGGCAACGAUGAGAAGGUUUGGUGUGGUGUGUGAGUCUGCUUAUUCUUCUAUGGUUACUAUUUAUACUAGGUUAGGGUUUUAUGAAAAGGCUGAGAGUGUGAUUGAGUUGAUGAGGGUUGAAGUUCGCGUUUUGAAUGUUGAGAAUUGGUUGGUGGUUUUGAAUUGUUAUUGUCAGCAAGGGAAGAUGGUGGAGGCUGAAAAAGUUUUUGAAGAAAUGCGAGAGGAGGCGGAGUAUGCAAUGUCGAAUGUUGUUGCUUAUAAUACUAUGAUAACUGGGUUCGGGAAGGGGUCGAAUAUGGAUGGUGCGGAGAGAGUGUUUAAUAGUUUGAGUGUUAGAGGGGUUGAGCCGGAUGAAACGAGUUAUCGCUCGAUGGUUGAGGGUUGGGGUAGAGCGGGGAAUUAUGAAAAAGCGAGAUGGUAUUAUGAGGAGACGAAGAGGUUAGGGUAUAAGGCGAAUUCGUCGAAUUUGUUUACGAUGGUUAAGUUGUGUGCGAAUGAGGGAGAUUUGGAUGGUGCGGUUGGGGUGCUUGAUGAUAUGGUGAAAUGUGGAUGUCAUUAUUCGUCGAUAAUUGGGACUCUUGUGAGUGUUUAUGAGAGGGCAGGGAAGGUUUAUGAGUUACCGGGUUUGCUUAAAGGUUCGUUUUAUCGGUAUGUUUUGGUUAAUCAAAGCUGUUGUUCUACUGUGGUUAUGGCUUAUGUGAAGAACAAGAUGGUGGAUGAUGUGCUUAGAGUGUUGAGGGAUAAAAAAUGGAAGGAUUUGAAGUAUGAGUAUAGUUUGUAUCAUUUGUUGAUAUGUUCUUGCAAAGAGGAAGGUUUGCUUGAGGAUGCGGUUAAAAUAUAUAAGCAGAUGCAGAAAAGUGACGAUGACAACGACAAGAAGAAGCUCAACAAGCACGUCAUUUGCACGAUGAUUGACGUUUAUAGUAUGAUGGGGAAUUUGAAAGAUGCAGAGAUGUUGUAUCUCAAGCUGAAGAACUCGUCUUCGUCAAAUUCAUUGGAUAUGAUUGCGGUUAGCAUUGUCGUGAAGAUGUACUUUCGAGCUGGAUCUUUGAAAGAGGCUUGUUCUGUUUUGGAUGAUAUUGACAAGCGGCCUGAUAUUGUUCCGGACAUGGUUUUGUUGCGUUAUAUGUUGCGGAUUUAUCAGAGAUGUAACAUGGUCGAUAAAUUAGAACAACUGUACUCCAAGAUCUCAAAAGAUCGGUUGAAUUGGGACCAGGAAUUUUAUAACUGUGUCGUAAAUUGCUGUGCUCAGGCUCUGCCGGUAGACGAGCUUUCCAGGCUUUUCGAUGAGAUGCUGCAGCGAGGUUUCAUGCCGAACACGGUAACAUACAAUGUCGUGCUUAAUGCUUUCGGUAAAGCGAAGCUUUUCAAGAAGGUUAAGAAGGUUUAUCUUAUGGCAAAGAAACAAGGCUUGGUAGAUGUCAUCACUUACAAUACUAUUAUAGCUUCUUACGGGAAAGAUAGGGACUUCACCAACAUGUCAAGAACCGUUUGGAAUAUGCAAUUUGAUGGCUUCUCGGUUUCUCUUGAAGCCUACAAUUCAAUGCUGGACGCAUAUGGAAAAGAUGGUCAAAUCGACGCGUUUAGAUCUGUACUGCAAAAAAUGAAGGAAUCAAAUUGUGCUUCUGAUCUCUACACAUACAACACUGUGAUCAAUAUCUAUGGUCAACAAGGAUGGAUUGAAGAAGUCGCUGAUGUGCUCGCAGAGUUGAAUAAAUGCGGACUUCGUCCUGAUUUGUACAGUUAUAACACAUUUAUCAAGGCAUGUGGAAUUGCGGGAAUGGUUCAAGAGGCUGUAAAUGUGAUUAAGGAAAUGCGAAAAAAUGGAAUAGAGCCUGACGUGAAAACAUACACUAAUCUUGUCAAUGCACUGAAACGAAACGAUGAGUAUUUAGAAGCUGUUAAAUGGUCUUUAUGGAUGAAGCAGUUGCAAUUAUGAAUUUCAUAAACCUAUUGACAUUUUUUAUAUGGAUACUAUUAUAUCAUACUUUGAAGCAUAGCUUGACCUUUGAGUCCCAUUUGAGUAUAGCCACUAACAUUCUGCUUGCUUUGUACAAUAUUUCUGUAUAUUCUGAGAAAUAAAAUAAAUGCAAGUUAUAUGUGUUUGUGCAGAGGAAAUUCAUUUAUGUAUUUGCUCUCUAUAACCGUUCUUUGUCGCGGUAGAAUUUAUGAUAUGGUGAUUAUAAAAUGUGAAUCUGAGUCGAGGUCCUGGUUUUUAAGAUGGACCCCACAUGAUGUUAAAAAUUGCUGUGUCAAUGGCCUGGUCUUGUGGGAUAGAAAAUCUCAAGUGCACUGGCUGCAUCGAUGUUGCGGUUCUGUUGUUGAUAUGAUUUUGUUGUCGUCUAGUGUUUGCGAUGCAGAAGGAGAUUGUAAUAUGUUCUUUGUAUUGACAAUUCCUGGACAACUGGAUCUUUACAACACGAUUUGGCCAUAGCUGAUGUCAAAAAAUCUGCUUCCCCAAUUCGCCAUGGCACCGCCAUUUUUCGAUAUUUUGUAACCCUGAUCAAAACUCAUAUAUACUGAAGACUUAAGCUGCUAUUCUUGACAGAAUCAAUUCUGCAAUUGGCAUGUGAACGAUGUUAAAAUGGGCUGUGCAAGUUCAGUGUCUCAGCAUUGGACUUUUGUCCAGAUGCUACAUCAGAUGAUCUGGCUGUUGGCGAUGAAAGUGAUGUUGUGAGUUAUUAGAAUUGUGAUGUAUUUAUAUUUCAGUAUCUUAUUAAAAAAUGUCUUCAAAUUAACCAAUUAGAUUAUGUAGGUUCGUCUAUAUGGGGGCUAAUAAGGAGUUCAGAUGACACAACUUUGCAUUUUGUGACAGAAAAUGGAACUAAUGGUUGAGUUUUCUUUCUUCAUAAUAUAAAAUUCAUUAAUAUUUCAAAGAGCUCGAACAAAAAAUUAGUAUCUGAAUUAGAUGCAUCAACCUCACACCAUUGAUUGACUUUCUUUGAUGUCUUCGUCGAUGUUAUGCCAGAGGUUUAUCAAAUUACCGAACAUUGAAAAAACAUCAUAAAUCUUAUUCUUUUUUAGACAAUUAAUUAAACCUUUUGACAAAUGUUUGAAUUAAGAGUUAAGACCCUCACAAAAUAAGGAUGUGAUUUUUUUCCGUAAUCUAAUAAAUUUUAAUAAAACUGUCAAAAGACAAACAAUCUUUUUGAAAAACUCAUCCGAUGAAAAUAAACAACAUUAAAUUGAAUUGGUUCAGAUAUUUUUUUUAUAAAAUUAUCAUCCAAAACCGAAGCAAGUCACAUGUUUAUCUUUGAAUUUAAAACCGAAACAGACCAUAUAUUUUUAUCAAUGAAUUUGAUAAAAAAAACCUCAAAAUUGAUUUAUUUUUCAUUACGAACACCCUACAUCAAAUUUUCCACGCUUAUAACUUGACUUUGAAUCAUGGCUUAAAUAAUGAUUUCGUCCCUGUAAGUUAGCGUGUUUUUGGUUUUAGUCCCUGAAUCUUUUUUUUUCGUUCCAAGUCCCCAUAUGUUCAAUUCGCUUUGGCUUCAGUCCCUCAUGUGAAUGGAACGUUAAAAAAAAGGAUUAGGUGGCAAACGUUGCUGACAUGGCUAACGUUGUUUCAUUUUAUAUAUUUUUUUCAUUACACAUGUGGACAUCUUCUCUUUGCAAUAUAUUAAAUAGGGACCAAAUGAAAAAAAAUAGAAUUUGUUCUUCUUCUCCUUCAAGGUCAUUAACUCCAAAAUCCCUCAUCUUCUUCGCUGCACCUAUUCAUUCCCUUCUGCCAUGGCUUCUAAUUCGUCUGCUAAAUCUCAUCACGUUGAAGCACCGGUUUGUGGUUGCAAUAGAAGCAUGAAAAUAUUUAUGUCAAACUCCAUUGAUAACCCUAAAAGGAGGUUUUGGAAGUGUCAAAAUGUAGGGUUAAUGUAUGGUUGGGUCAUGGGGGUUCUUUGAGAUUGGCAAAAAGGAAAAAUUGAAGAUUAAGUUGGAGAAGGAGAAGAUGAAGGUAACACUGUUGAAGUUGUUGUUGGUUGGGUCAUGGGGGUUCUUUGAGAUUGGAAAAAAGGAAAAGAUGAAGAUUAAGUUGGAGAAGGAGAAGAUGAAGGUGACACUGUUGAAGUUGUUGUUGGUUGGGUCAUGGGGGUUCUUUGUUGCUUGUCACAAAUGGUGUUGAACCCAGUUGUUUGCAGCUUGUCACAAAUGGUGAUGAAGAUUAAGUUGGAGAAGGAGAAGAGGAAGGUGACACUGUUUAUUUUUUUUUAGUUCAGUCCCUGUAACAUAUAUGUACUUUGGAAAUGGUCCAUGUACCAUAUGAUGAAUGAAAGUAUAAAACUAA